UUCCUUUCACUUUUUGUUGUAGAGAUUCAACACGUUUGCGUUUCGUGAUUUGUGUGCAUUUAGAGGUUUGACGUGCUGAAAUGAAUGAAAAUAAUAUUAGCGAGGGUCAUGAAGCUGAAGAGUAUGUCGGACUUGCUGAUUUUGUGGCUGAAGGAGAUGAGCAGCUUAGUUUCUCAGUUGGCGAUAAACUGCUGGUCCAUGAGAGGAGUUCAGACGUGUGGUGGUGGGCUGAACUGCAGGGUAUCUUUGGUUAUGUCCCAUCCAGCUAUUUGCACAAAAGAGUAGAUGUUGAAGAUGCUUGGCAAGAUGACGAAUACUUUGGCGAUUAUGGGACAUUAAGGCUUCACCUGGAGAUGCUGUCAGAUAAACCCCGCACAGAUACAUACAGGCAGGUGAUCCUGAGUAAUAGCGCCUCCCUGAGGGGGAAGGUGGUCAUGGACUUGGGCUGUGGGACAGGCGUUAUCAGCCUCUUCUGUGCUCUUCUAGCACAACCUGCAGCGGUAUAUGCUGUGGAGGCCAGCUCAAUGGCAGAACACACUGAGGAACUAGUGAGGCAGAAUGGCUGUGAGGAAGUUGUGACCGUCUUUCAGGACCGAGCUGAGAAUCUCACUCUUCCUGGGAAAGUGGAUGUUCUAGUGUCAGAGUGGAUGGGCAACUGCCUACUGUUUGAGUACAUGUUGGAGUCAGUGUUGCUGGCACGUGAUCGCUGGCUGAAGGAGGGUGGAAUGAUGUGGCCAUCCUCUGCCUGUCUGACCGUCGUUCCUUGCCAGGCCUUCUCUGACUACAGGCAAAAAAUGGAGUUCUGGGAGAAACCCUAUGGCCUAGACUUCAGCUACCUACAGUCACUUGCACAGAAAGAGUUUCUCUCCAAGCCUAAAUUCAGCCAUCAUCUCCUAACUGAGGACUGUUUGUCCAGCCCAGCUGAUGUUAUCACUCUUGAUAUGGUCACAAUACAGGUCUCAGACUUAGAGACCCUCAAAGGAGAGUUUAGUUUCACUGUUGAGAAGUCAGGCAUGUUCCAUGGUUUCACUGUCUGGUUCAGUGCACAUUUUCAGAGUUUAGAAGAGGAUGGACCAUCACUGGAAUUGAACACCGGACCAUAUUCAGAGAUAACUCACUGGAAACAGACUCUUUUCAUGUUGGAUGCCCCAGUGACAGUCGAGGAAGGGGACGUUAUAGUGGGGUCCAUACGUCUGCAGAGAAAUCCAAUCUGGAGACGUCACAUGUCAGUCACAUUUUCAUGGAACAUAAACAGCACAGAAGUUUCUAAGGUGAGUAUCUACAUGUAUCAUUGCUUGAUCUCCUUCAAAUCAAUCAUAUUCUUUGUUUUCCAGUUGUUUUGCUUCAAUGUGCUUUGCUUUAUUCAUCACCUUACAAGUAGGCUUUUACCUUGUGUGCAUUAAGAAAUCUCAAUGUAAUACCAACGUGAACAUUUGAAGCAUCAUUUCACAUUCUGAAUAUUUUUGCAGGUCCAGACAAAGUGUUUUCCAAUGUGGAGGUGACCGUAAGACACAUCCAUGUGCUUUAAACAGAACCUAGUCUUUCUUUUUGCUGUUAUGCAAACAGCAGUAAAACAUGACACUACAAAUCGUGACCUCAUAAAAGCCUAUAUAAAAUGGAUUUUCAGGCUUCGUUUAGCUAGAUAAAACUGACAUGGUUAAAGUAAAAUUCACUAGAUUUUGUUAACAGACCUAAAAAUCUAUGAAUCCAACACAACUUAUUAAAAAUUCCAGAAAACAUGGCUUAUGUUGCAAGUAAU